AUGUUAGUGGAUUUGCAUCCCAUCCCAACGCUUUUCGCCGCUUCAAUAAGCGUGGCCUUAUGGUCAAUAGAGAUUGACGCUCACAAACGUAAACAGUCACAUCGGAUGCCUAAUGUUGAUAUCUUGCGUCUGUCACUACUUCAUGCUAUGUACAAGCAAACGCAGAUGAAAUUAUACAGCCUCAUGCAACUCAUCUUCGCACCUAUCGACGCAUAA